AUGCCUUUAGAAACUUUAGAAAAUAAAAAUUUGGUUAGUCAGAGAAAUUUUCUGGAUGAUAAUUUACGUUUAGAAGCUUUAACUCAUAAAUCUUUUCAUUACGAAAAUCCUUCAAACGGACCUCAUAACGAACGAUUAGAAUUUCUCGGUGACUCGAUUGUUUCUUUCGUUGUGGCAAAUUAUUUGUUUGGUAGAUUUCCUCAUUUCAAAGAAGGUCAACUAACUCUACUAAGAGCUAACCUCGUUUGUAAAAAAAAGUUAGCACAGUUUGCACUUCAACUUGGAUUAGAUAGUGAGAUAAGACUUGGUGUAGGAGCUUUAAGGGAUGGAGGAAGAGCAAGUGAAAAGGUAUUGGAGGAUGCUUUCGAAGCAUAUAUCGGUGCCGUAUUUUUAGAUUCUGGUUCAAGCUUGUAUGCCGUUCAAGAAUUCAUGGAACCUUUGCUGACACCAGCCGUUGAUAAACUUACACAUUUGCAGGAUCCAAUUAACAAACUCCAAACAUGGUCUCAAAGAAGAGGAUUAGGAAUACCUGUCUAUGUACCGUUUUGUGUUCGUUCAUAUGCAACAGAAACGUCCACAAGUUCAGAUAAAUUACGUUUAAGUUUUGCUUUACCUCAUCAGACACUAUACAAGAAUGAAGAAGUUUAUCAAGUAAAUAUUUCAUCUACUUCUGGUGAUAUGGGUAUACUAACAAAUCAUGUUCCCUCAAUUGAACAAUUAAAACCUGGUCUAAUUGAAAUAUAUGAAAAUCCUUCUUCAUCAAAAAAAAUUUUUAGUAGUGGUGGAUUUGCUGUGAUUAAUUCUGAUUCAACACUUGAAAUUAAUGCUCCAGAAGCUCAUCCAUUAGAAGAUUUUUCAAUUGAGACUGUAAGAAGUAAUUUAGCUGAAGCGCAACGUGUUGUUAAUUCAGGUGCUACAGAUGAAGAGAAAAAUCUGGCUAAAAUUGAAAUUGAAGUGUAUGAAGCUCUUCAAACCACUGCAACAAUGGAAAAGAAAAUAAAAACAAAUGAUAAUAAUAACAACACUGAUGAUGUUGUUGUCGAAACAAAAUUUCGAGGUCGAAUUGGAUACGCGAAUCAAAAACCACCAAUUUUUUGUUCGAGAACUUGUAGAAUUGUAACGAUAAAGCAAAAGGGGAUGGAAUAUGUAAAACAAUUAGGAAUUCAAAAUGUUACUGAUUUGUGUACAUUGGUUAAAUGGAAUGAAGAAAAUAAUAUUAAAUUCAUGCGAAUUUCAUCAGAUAUCUUUCCAUUUGCUAGUCAUGAGGAAUAUGGUUAUUCGUUAGAUUAUGCUGCAAAAGAAUUACGUAUUGUAGGCGACUUUGCUAAAAAGAAUGGACAUCGCCUGACAACACAUCCUGGUCAAUAUAAUCAAUUGGGUAGUCCGAACUCCGCGGUGGUUCGUAAAACGUAUAAUGAUUUAUCGUAUCACGCAGAAAUGAUGGAUUUGAUGGGAUUACCAAAAGAUUCGAUAAUGGUAAUCCACAUGGGAGGGGUCUACAAUAGUAAGGAGACGACAUUGAAAAGAUUCGAAGACAAUUAUCUUAAGGUAUUGUCACCGAGUAUUAGAGAUCGAUUGGUGUUGGAGAAUGAUGAAAUUUGUUAUAAUGUCCAAGAUUUGUUACCUAUUUGUAAAAAAUUGAAAAUACCUUUGGUUUUGGAUUGUUUGAAUUCCGGAACACUUUCUGACCAAGAUUUACUUGAUCUUAUACCAGAAAUUAAUAAAACAUGGACUGACAAAGGAAUUAAACCCAAACAACAUUAUUCCGAGGGAAGACCUGGAGCUUCAAAUAUCAUGGAAAAAAGAGCGCAUUCUGAUCGUGUUAAGUAUAAACUUUAUUCGGUCAAUCCCAAGUUAAUUUUACCACCAGCAGAACUCGAAACAUUACAAACAAGAGGACGAAAAAGCAACAACCCUAAUAAUCGAAGGAAUAAAAUGAAAGAAUAUAUAGUAGACGAUUAUGAUAAACAAUCAAAAGUCAAGAAAAAAAGGAUUAUGACCAAAAAAAUCAAAAAUAAUAAGAUAUCAACAAAAAAUAAGAAGGAUGAUGACAAAGUCAAUUAUGAAGAAGAGGACGAUAGAUUAAAUAAUGAUGACGAUGAAAUAGAUGAUGAACAAUCAAAAUUCAAUAAAAAAAGAGUCGUAACCAAAGAAAAUAAUAAUAAGAGGAAUAAUGAUAAAGUUAAUGAUGAAAUCAUAGAAGAUGAACCAAACACCAAGAAAAAAAGGCUCUGA